CACAUGACGUCAGCAUCUUUGUUUACUAGCGACCCAGCAGCUAGCUGUAAACUCACAUUAGCUGUGAGCAUUUAUCUACUGGGUGUGCGGCGCAGCAUCAUACAGGGCGUGUAGUGUCUUUGUGCAAUUCUUUUAAUCGGAGAUAUGUCGGCUAACGGAGAGGACUCAACAGAUGCAAGAAGAGGCGAUGGACAAGAGUCGGAGCCGCCUGCCUCUGUUCCUGGCCCGAUGGAAGUCGAUGCCCACCCCGGCUCCCACAGUUUCAGAUACAGCCUGAAGUACCCCAGCAUCGGCCAGUGCAUCAUCAUCAACAACAAGAACUUUGACAGGAGAACAGGCAUGAAUCAACGAAAUGGAACAGACGUGGAUGCAGCCAACGCCAUGAAAGUGUUUUCAAAGUUGGGUUAUAAAGCGAAGGUUUACAACGACCUGACGGUGGAGAAAAUGAAACAGGUUUUAGUUUCUGCGUCAAAGGAAGAUCACAGCUGCUACGCCUCAUUUGUUUGUGUUCUGCUGAGUCAUGGAGAUGAGGGUGUGUUCUUCGGUACGGACGGCUCAGUGGAACUCAAAUACCUGACAUCACUUUUUCGUGGGGAUCGCUGCAAAUCACUGGUGGGGAAACCCAAACUCUUCUUCAUCCAGGCUUGCAGAGGCACUGAGCUGGAUGCAGGCAUUGAAGCAGACAGUGGAGAUGAUGGCACUACUAAGAUCCCUGUGGAAGCUGACUUCCUCUAUGCCUUCUCCACGGCACCAGGCUACUACUCAUGGAGGAACACUAUGACCGGCUCCUGGUUCAUGCAGUCGCUCUGUGAAAUGCUCAGCAAAUAUGGCAGAGAGCUGGAGCUCCAGCACAUCCUGACACGAGUCAACCACAAGGUGGCAGUAGAGUUUGUGUCUGUCUCCAAUUCUCCAGGCUUUGAUGCAAAGAAGCAGAUCCCCUGUAUUGUGUCAAUGCUGACCAAAGAGAUGUAUUUUACUCCUUGAUGUUUUCUUCCACUUGUGAUAAAUUCCCACUCGCCUGUCUUCUUGCAGGAGAAGGCUUGAGGAUGUUUAUGUUUGGUGUUUGUGGGUUGCUUUUUACAUUUUCUGACUGAAGAUCUAAAAAACCUCAGCUUACAUUUCCCUGGGAGAAUAGUUGCGGUGCAAAGUCUGCUGAGAUACAAGACGUUGAAUCCCUUCAGGAAAAGUUUUUUUGUAUUCUCUUUUAAACUAAAAUCAUGAAUCCAAACAUAAAGCAUAGUAUACUUUGUAUCUCAACAAUCACAGUUUGCUGCCAGUAGAUGCCUCUCAGAUGUUUACAUUAUGUACAUUUCAGGGAAUAAUAUCAGGAGCCAGUUUGAUAGGAUUUAACCUUUUAUAUUAAUGUAGUAAUCAUCCUCAUUUUAAUGCGUUGGGAGUUAGUUUGAGUGUGAACAGUCUGUUUAAAGGGAUCAUGUGUGAAAUAUCUGUUCCUGUUCUUCUACUGUCUUGUUCUCUUUCUGCACCGCUGAGUCGGUUUAGUGACACCUGAAUGAGGGUCUCACAAACUUAAAUAGUCAAUAAUUUUUAAGUUAUUGCGGUAUGAGUUGUUUGAAGCCCAAAUGAAUGCAUUGCACUCAAAAGGUUAAUAAUAUGAUAAUGUUAUGUAGCAUGUUCAGGAGCAUCCAGUACGCUGUCUGUCUAUUUUGUUGGUUUUAAGGCUCACUCCUCCUUCUCCUCCUUUUCCUCCUCACAAACAACUUUUAUUUUUAACACGUUUUUCUUGAAAUGAGCCAGCCCACUAGCACGGUGCUAUUUUUGAGGCAGACAUACUUGACAACUCUGCAUUUGUUAUCCGUUUGAAGGUAAUGUGGUUUUUAAGAAGCGGCAUUACAAAUUGGAGGCUUUUUACACUUAAAAUGAAGUUACAGUCAGAACAUUUUCUCUACUGAUGGUCUGACUGAUGUGGAACUGUGUGUCAAAUUUUAUAUGCAACCACCAGCAUGUAGAGAUUUAUUGAAGACAAAGCACAAUUAGAUUGUGUAUUAAUCCAGGUCCUGGUUCUUUGUGUGUAAACCUGUUAAACUAACAUCAAACUGUGCUUCAAACUAGCUGAAAUCACACGCUAUAGUUAUAUGUAACUUGUCUGACAAUCUAACAAUGUAAAGUCUUUCAAACACAUAGGAUUUUGCUAUGAGCAACACUUUUUGGCUUUUAUGUUACACCACUAUCUUGUAAGCAGCUACGAUGUGAUGUUUAUCCUUUAAAAUAAAGACCACUUCUCAUUGU